GCCAGCCCUCUGGACUGUGAGUGCGUACGGUGGGCACCCGCCCCAGCCUCCCUGCAGCACCAGCCUGCUCUCCGCCUGCUGCAGCCUCCCUCUCCCUCGCUUUGCCCCUCUAAAUUUCGCACAGUACGAUGUAGGGGGCUUGCCGUUAUUUUUUUUUUCAAUUAUUAUUUAUUUCUCACCGAAGAUGGUUUAAUUUUUUUUUAUAUUUCUAUUAUUUAUUAAUCCCUCCCAACCGUAAACCUGCCCAGCCUUCUGCCAGCUGGGCCAGAGCAUAAAGCCUGGGACUGCACCUGGGGCGAUGAGCCCUGCACUGAAGAAGCCUCCUAGAGGGAUGUGCCGGGGCCGCGCAACAGACUAGAUCCGAGCCCCGAAGCUCACACCAUCAGUUAUCCCCUCUCCCUCAGCCCCUUCGCCCGCCUUUUCUGCGCCCCAUCCCCCUGAAAGCUCGGACCAGUGCCUGCGCCGCGCUCCGGAGAGCUCUGCCGGGGGAACAGCCCGGUGCCCGAGGACAGACGGGGCGGCCGUGCUAGAUGCAUGGGGGAGGGCUCCGGUUAAUGCAAGUUCUGGGCUCCUGCAGGGACCCCGACAACUGUCAGCAGCAGCAGCAACUCGGGCCCUCCUCCUCUGCUUCCUCAGCGAUGCUUUUCCACAGUCUUUCCGGCUCGGAGAUGCACGGGGUCAUCGACGAGAUGGAUCGGAGAACCAAAAGCGAAGCACCGGCCAUCAGCUCGGCUAUAGACAGGGGAGAGACGGAAACGCAGACCAUGCCUUCCAUCAGCAGUGACAGGGCUGCCCUGUGCGCCGGCUGCGGGGGGAAAAUCUCCGACCGUUAUUACCUCCUGGCUGUGGAUAAACAGUGGCACAUGCGCUGCCUGAAGUGCUGUGAAUGUAAACUCAACCUGGAGUCCGAGCUCACCUGCUUCAGCAAGGACGGCAGCAUCUACUGCAAGGAGGACUACUACAGGAGGUUUUCGGUUCAGAGAUGUGCAAGAUGUCACCUGGGGAUUUCUGCCUCCGAGAUGGUCAUGAGGGCCAGGGAUUUGGUAUAUCACUUAAAUUGCUUCACUUGCACCACUUGCAACAAGAUGCUGACCACUGGCGAUCACUUUGGCAUGAAGGACAAUCUGGUGUACUGCCGCCUCCAUUUCGAGACUCUCAUCCAGGGGGAGUACCAGGUGCAUUUCAAUCACUCGGAUGUAGCCGCUGGGAAGGGCCCGGCUUUGGGAGCGGGCUCUGCCAACACUUUGGGACUGCCUUAUUACAACGGCGUGGGGACUGUCCAGAAGGGGAGACCCAGGAAAAGGAAAAGCCCAGGGCCUGGAGCAGAUCUGGCAGCCUACAAUGCAGCUUUGAGCUGCAAUGAGAACGAUGGUGACCACCUGGACAGGGACCAGCAGUACCCCAGCAACCAGAAAACCAAGCGCAUGAGGACGUCCUUCAAACACCACCAGCUGCGGACGAUGAAGUCGUACUUUGCCAUUAACCACAACCCCGACGCCAAGGACUUGAAACAGCUGGCUCAGAAAACUGGCCUCACCAAAAGAGUUCUUCAGGUUUGGUUUCAAAACGCUCGAGCCAAAUUCAGACGGAACCUCUUGCGUCAAGAAAACACAGGGGUGGAUAAGACUUCAGACUCCACACUGCAAGCAGGGACCCCGUCAGGCCCUGCCUCAGAAAUAUCCAAUGCCUCCAUGAGUCCAUCCAGCACUCCCACGACUCUCACGGACUUGACUAACCCCACGAUGCCUACUGUGACCUCUGUCCUGACAUCAGUGCCCGGCAGCCUUGAGGUUCACGAAUCUCGAAGUCCUUCACAGACAACCCUUACAAACCUUUUCUGAUGACUCUUUCUUAAUAAUUUCUUUAAAAAAGAAAUUAUUCUUAGCUGAAAUUCCAAGUGUAUUUUAAUAGAGGCUUUGAGCAACUGACUAACCACAAUUAGGAUCUCUCCUAAAAAAAACAGAAGGAAGUGUAGUGUUCUGGUAUUAUGGAGUACGGACUGAAGAAUAACUUGGAAGAUCUAUUGCAACACAACAUUUGUGUAACUGUACAGUUUUGUGGACUGAGCAAGGGAAACAGCAAUUAAUUUAAGUUGGCUAAAGCUUCUGUAUUUUCAAAGACUGCCAUGUGCCUUAUAUACUGUUUUAUCUACAUUCUUUGGAUUCCAUGUCCACUUCUCUCUUUUUCUCUCUGUAUAUUUAUGACCAGGGCAAAAAUGUUAAAGAGUUUGUUACUUUGGAUAGUCCUAAGCCUUUCAUUGGUUGCUUUGUUGUUUUAGAAUUUUAAGGUCGAAGUCUGUUCGAAUACCAGAAUUUGUAAAAUCUAAUCAGUAAUAAAACCACUUAUGGAAACUA